ACAAUCAAAAACGCUAGUCAAUUCAAGAACAAGGGGCUGGAAGAUGCAGAGAAGUUGCAGAAUUUAUUUGAUGGGAAAUUUUCCACUGGAGCUAAUAGAGAUACGCCUGGAAGAUUGGAACCGCCUUGUUCAGCUGGAACUUCUAUAACUGCAGGGGUUUCAAAUAAUGGAUCUGAAUCUCGUACAAGUCAUGGAAAAGAAAAAAAUCAUGAGGAUGACAACGAGGUUGAUUCUAGUCUCAAUGCAAAGGGGAGUGGCAGGAAAAGGAAGAAGGAAAUGGAGGAAGAAUCAAGUGAUCUAUUAACUGAGAAAGUUUGUUCUAUUGUAACAUCGAUGGAGACUCAUCUUCAACAUAAGAAACUUGCUCUAGAAAAGGAUAGCGCAGCCGAAUUCAUGAAAGCUUUGGAUAAUUUACUUGAGACUGAUUGCAUCACAAUGGAUGAGUAUUUGAGCAUAACUCUAAAAGCUUCAGAGAUGCCUGGUUGGCAGAAAUUGUUUGUCAGUUUGAAAAGCGAUGAGCGUCGUGUUGCCUUUGUACACAAACUUUUAAAAGAACGUUGAGAAAUCUUGAAUACUCAUCCACUGAGAUGUUGAGA